CUCCAAUAGCACCCUCUUUAACCUUGUUCACCUCCAGAGGCUUAACCUUGCCGACAACCACUUCAAUUAUUCUCAAGUUCCAUCUGCAAUUGGCCACCUUCCGAGGCUAACAAGUCUCAACCUUUCUCAUUCUUGGUUUUAUGGUCAAAUACCUUCAGAAAUCUCACAAUUGUCCAAGUUGACUUCUCUAGAUCUGUCUUACAAUGUCUACUUUCCCGACGGAGCCGUCCCAAACCAUUAUAUGAAACCCUUUGAAAUUGAAAAACUGAUUCUGAUAAACCUAGUUCAGAAUUUAACCAACCAGUUGGGUGACCAUUGUCACGGGCCUAGAGAUUUGGCGCAGCGGCACGGCCCGUGCGGCACCAAGGCGUUGCUUCAGCUCGCGCAAGCGCCCUGGUCAGCCACCACGACCUGCCCUCCCAAGGAUACAUGCUGACUGGUUUCGGCCUGCCAUGGCCUCGUCAGGGGAACGGCUCCAGCUCCCGACCAGUUUGUGCAGGGAUGGCCAACUCCCUUCUUCAUAGUCAAGUCCACGACCAGCGACAAGCACCUCGAACUGAACCGAGUCGACCUGCCUGAACUCUGAAGAGGUACCAUCCUGUGGUCCUGCACGCCCCUUCCCUGGAACCAUUCCCAGUCAAUGAAUGUUCUUAGCCAACCAGCAUGCGUAUCUUCUAUGCUCAUGGCGUCGUUAGGAAUCGGAUCGUGACAUUCUCCCCCACCCAAAUCCUGCGACGCCCUCGUCGCAGUGCGGCGCUGACUCCGCUGCGUCCAACAUUCCAAAGCCUGUCUCCUCCAAGUGGUAUGCUCGCCUGCCCACCAUCGCUUCCUUGUACAACCCCUGGCUGCACUCGCCCAAUGAUAGGGUUUCGGGCUAAAGGGACGCCCACUUCUUCGGGACGCAACCCCACGUUAUGCCGCCUCCGCGACACCCCGAGCAAACAAGAGCCCUCCGGCUGACUUGAUACCCGCCCUUCACAACGGUUUGCACGCCUCUUGAACUUGCAAGAACUUUGGUGCGCGCGGCCCUCCGGCCAUCCGAUGCGCGCGGCCCUCCGGCUUAAAGGACGCAUCUUCAUGGGGAGAUGGAGGCUCUCCUCCAACAGCAUUGAUUACCCACCGAUGCUUUUUCAGUGCACCGUCUUCAUUCUCAAGACCCCCGGAUCGACAAGGGGGCACACCUCUGUGCUUUUCCCCAAGUCCUGCUCUGAUACCAUUUGUCACGGGCCUAGAGAUUUGGCGCAGCGGCACGGCCCGUGCGGCACCAAGGCGUUGCUUCAGCUUGCGCAAGCGCCCUAGUCAGCCACCACGACCUGCCCUCCCAAGGAUACAUGCUGACUGGUUUCGGCCUGCCAUGGCCUCGUCAAGGGAACGGCUCCAGCUCCCGACCAGUUUGUGCAGGGAUGGCCAACUCCCUUCUUCAUAGUCAAGUCCACGACCAGCGACAAGCACCUCGAACUGAACCGAGUCGACCUGCCUGAACUCUGAAGAGGUACCAUCCUGUGGUCCUGCACGCCCCUUCCCUGGAACCAUUCCCAGUCAAUGAAUGUUCUUAGCCAACCAGCAUGCGUAUCUUCUAUGCUCAUGGCGUCGUUAGGAAUCGGAUCGUGACACCAUGCCUUAUUUGGUACCUGAUAAAUUGGCAAAUAUGUCUACCCUGACAGCUCUUGCUCUUGAUAAUUGUGAUUUGCAAGGUGAAUUCCCAAGAGGCAUUUUUUUGCUACCGAACCUGCAAAUUCUUGUCGUGUCAUAUAAUCAACAGCUCAGCUGGUAUUUCCCUGAAUUCGACAAGAGGAGUCCACUUAAGAUACUGGAACUGGCUGGCACAAGUUUCUCCGGAGAACUGCCGAAUUCAAUCGGCAACCUCGAUUCCUUGAAUAUUUUGUAUCUUUCAGGAUGCAACUUCUUAGGGUCAAUACCAUCUUCCUUUGGUAAUCUUACCCAGCUUGUUUAUCUAAACCUUUCUAACAACAAUUUCAUGAAUCAGGUUCCUCCUUCAUUCGGUAAUUUUUCACAGCUCGCCUAUCUUGACCUCUCUUACAACCAUUUCACAGGCCAAAUACCUUCUUCAUUCACAAACCUCAGACAAAUCACUCAGUUAUUCCUUUUUAACAAUAAUUUCAGUGGUGACAACCUGUCAUUACUUGGCAAGCUAAACAAACUCCAGAGUUUGGGUCUUGGAGGGAACAACUUCUCAGGGUCAAUACCAUCUUCCUUUGGUAAUCUUACCCAGCUUGUUUAUCUGGUCCUUUCUAACAACGGUUUCAUGAAUCAGGUUCCUCCUUCCUUUGGUAAUUUUACACGGCUCGCCUAUCUUGACCUCUCUUACAAUCAUUUCACUGGCCAAAUACCUUCUUCAUUCACAAACCUCAGACAAAUCACUCGGUUAUUCCUUUCUCACAAUAAUUUCAGUGGUGACAACCUGUCAUUACUUGGCAAGCUAAAACAACUCCAGAGUUUGAAUCUUGGAUGGAACAACUUAAAUUGUGAGAUCCCAUCUUCUUUUGCAAACCUGACCCAACUUCGACAACUAGGUCUCUCUUCUAAUCAAUUAACUGGACGAAUUCCAUCUCAGAUUAUGAACAUGACCCAAUUAACAUUGCUAGACCUUUCAAUUAAUUUGUUGCAGGGUCCAAUGGAGGUGUUUCUUUUGCUGAAGAAACUUUAUUGGCUUCGGCUAUCGGACAACCCACUAACAUCGCUCACGGGUACUAGCUUCGUCAAUGCAAGUACACUUGCACAGUUCCAAAACUUGGAAUUGUUCUCAUGCGGCUUAACUGAGUUCCCGGAGUUCUUAAGAGACCAACAUGAGUUGCAGUGGCUAUCCCUCUCGUACAACAAAAUUGAAGGACUCGUGCCUAAAUGGAUAUGGAACAUGAGCACAGAAACUCUCUUCUGCUUGCAGCUUGCUCACAACUUUAUAACUGGCUUUGACCAACCUCCACUAGUCCUUCCGUGGAGGAGACUACGCCUUCUACAUCUUGAGUAUAACAACCUGCAAAUAUCACUCCCCAUCCCACCGUUCUCCACCUUCGAUUAUAACAUCUCAAACAACCAAUUGACCGGAGAGAUUCCACCACUGAUCUGCAAUGUGACUUCUCUUUAUGCCCUUGAUUUGUCUUGCAACAACCUAAGUGGCAGUAUUCCCCAAUGCUUGGGCAGCUUUUCUGAUUCUCUGUCAUUACUGAAUCUUCAAAGCAACAACUUAUCUGGCCCAAUUCCUCAAAUAUACAAUGAUGGAAGCCAACUAGUGAUGCUCGAACUGAGCCAAAACCAAUUACAGGGGCCGGUUCCAAGAUCACUGGCCAAUUGCACGCUUCUACAGCUUCUUAACCUUGGGGACAAUCAGAUCAAUGAUACAUUUCCCUUUUGGUUGGGAAAUCUUUCCGAGUUACAGGUUCUCAUUCUGCGAUUCAAUAGAUUUCAUGGUGCAAUUCAGAAUCCCGAAUCCAAUUUUGCUUUCCCCAAAUUAUGCGUAAUUGACCUUGCUCACAAUGGUUUUACUGGUAAGUUACCUUCUGAUUACUUCCAAACCUGGAGAGCCAUGAAAGAUGUUGAUAUCAAACGGUUAACAUACAUGGGGACAAGCAAAAUGUUGGGAGGACCUGAUAAUCAGUGGUUUGAUGAUUACCAUUACUCGAUGACACUAAUGAACAAAGGUGUGCAAUUAUUGUAUGAGCAUAUCCCAAGUAUAUUUACUGCCAUUGAUCUCUCAAGUAACAAAUUUGAAGGAGACAUUUCAGAAUCUAUUGGGAUUCUCAAGGGGCUUCACACGGUCAAUUUCUCCAACAACAAUCUUACCGGUCACAUCCCAUCUUCCUUUGUGAAUUUGACACAGCUCGAGUCAUUGGACCUUUCUCAAAAUAAGCUCUCUGGAGAGAUACCUCAAGAAGUAUCUCAACUCACUUUUCUUGCAUUCUUCAAUGUCUCUCAUAACCAUCUCACGGGACCUAUACCCCGAGGGAAUCAAUUCGGUACCUUCGAAAGCAGUUCAUUCGAUGGAAAUGAAUGGUUGUGUGGAGACCCUUUGUCGAAGAAAUGUGGCAAUUCAGAGGCAACACCAAUACCUCCAAACUAUGAAGAAGAUGAAGAUUCAGAGUUCCCAAGCAAAAUUGUUUGGCUUAUUAUAUGCAUGGGAUACGGAAGUGGAUUAAUAGUUGGGUUCGUUGUUGGGCAGACUCUGACCACAAGGAAACAUGAAUGGUUUGUAACUACUUUUGGAAGGAGGCAACAAAAACAGAGUAGGCAGAAAAGGAGGGUACGAAGAAACUGAACUGCCUCAAGGUAAACUUCUACAUCUCUGUUAAUUCUCCUCACUUCUAUAAGAUCUACUUUUCUUGAUCGUCACAUCAAAACCAUAACUGCAUAUAAUUCUCUUCAUCAUCUCCAAUCCACUUUGAAUCUCUCUAGAAUAAGGACUAACAAUUCUCUUCAUUUUGGAUUCAACUUUGACACACACAUAAAGGUAUAAUUUUCUUAGUAUGGUCCCUAUUUAUUACUUUGUUGGGAGUUGUAGAUUGUGUGACAUUAUUUACACGGGAGAUUCCCAAACUCAAAU